AUGCGCCAGAGCACCGAGGUGGAGAACCAGAUGGCCUCGGUGGAGCGUAUCCUUGAAUACAACGGUGUGGACAGCAAGCCUCCUCUCGAAAGUGUUCCCGAUAAAAAGCCCAAGUUCGAUUGGCCACAAGAAGCCGGCAGUGCUCAAGAACCUCAAAUCUUUCCGCGAGAGAAAAUCGGCAUCGUUGACAGAACCGGUGCCGGCAAGUCAUCCCUGAUUCAGGCGCUCUUCCGUCUGACCGAUGUGGAUGGUCUGAUCGAGAUCGAUGAAGUCGACACAAGCCAGAUAGAUCUACACGAUCUGCGUUCCAAGAUCAGCAUUAUUCCGCAGGAACCGUUUCUGUUUUCUGGCAGCCUAAGGCGGAACCUCGAUCCAUUCGACUUAUAUGCGGAUGAACCGCUGUGGCGAGCGCUAGAGGAGGUCGAGCUGAAGGAGAUAGGCCUGGAGGCCCAUAUCAAUGAAAGCGGCUCCAAUCUUAGCGUCGGCCAGAGGCAGUUGGUCUGCUUGGCGCGAGCCAUUGUGAAGAAUAAUCCGAUACUCGUGCUGGACGAGGCGACCGCGAAUGUGGACCCGCGAACGGACGAGCUCAUUCAGACCACGAUCAGGAGGAAGUUCGAGAAGUGUACGAUGCUGACAAUCGUUCAUCGACUUAACAUUGUCAUGGACAGCGAUCGCAUUCUAGUAAUGGACGCUUGUAACGCGGUGCGGAAUUCGAUCAUCCCCACGUGCUGCUGCAGAAAGAGACAAGCUAUCUAAAGAGCAUGUUACAGAAAACCAGCACGGCGAUGGCGGAGGCUCUGGCCAACGUUGCCCGCAACUGCUACGAGAAUCGCGUUUUGAUGCAUCCGCUGUGUUAACUUUUCGCAAUUGCAUGUAAUAAACAUCAAUGAUAAACCAUUCCGUCGAUUUUUUACGAGCAGUUCUUAGACAAAUUCUUGAAAUUAGAAAAAUAAGAGGAAAAAUGCAAUGUAGAUGAAAUUUAGUCCGAGAAUAGAUUAAUCGUUUUUCUACGAAUUCUAUCUAGCUGUACUUUUUAUUUUAUUA